CAAAAACCAAACAACAGAAACCAGAGACCUCCAGUUUCACUCCCCCCUCCCCUUCCCCCACAGCAGGAAGAAGAAUUUUGCGGAAACAAUAUUCCGAACACACAAUUUCAAUGGCGGUGGCGGCUGAUGAAUCAUCCAGAAGCAGCAUUAUCACCAUGAUUGACGAGGUCUACGAGUUCUCUGCGCCGCGAUUCUUUGAUUUUAUAAAGGGAGAGUCAGAAGAAGAAGCUCGUAGGGCCGAACUCUGGUUCGAAUCGGCAUUAAGCUACGCCCCGUCUCCAUUUAUGGCUAGGAUCAAGAAAGGUAGAUCUUUUAAGGUGGAGACGUUGUGUGAUUUUAGUGAAGCGGUAGAUCAAAUGCAGAAGGAGACCUCGGAAUCUGAUUCAGCAGCUACCCACUACAACUCGGAAGACAAGCCUCAAAUUGAGCUCAUGCCUGAAAUAAAGGAAGAGAAAGUUACCGCUACUGAGGCAAGGGAAGAUAACAAUGAAGAGCAACUCAAUCAGAUUUGCAAGGCUAAUGGUGAGGAACAAGAGGGCAAGGCUGUAUGCAAUGAGGUCCACUCUGAUAGUGUACCAGCAGAAGGCGCAUCUUUAGUUCAAGUAGGAAACGAAGUAUGCACCCCUAAACCACUUCUAAAUUGUAAAAAAGAGCUAGAGAUUGACAAGAAGCACCACCAAAUUGGCAAGUCAGCUAAAAAAAUUGGUGAUUUAGCAAGGAAUCCAUCAGCCUUGAGGCCAAAGAAUCAGUUACAAUCAUCAAAGGCCAAUAGUACCACCAAACUGGCAAGUGAGAAAAGAGAGACAAACGUUAAAAACAUGACAGGAGCUCCUAGUUUUGCACAAGAAAAUCAAGCCAUUAAGCGGCAGAAGCUAGAAGGAGGAAGAUCUAGACAGAUUCUGAACCCAAAACCAGUUAAUCUGGCUCACAAAUCAAAACUGGGUCUUGCUAGUGGUACGUGCUCAUCUGCUAAGACAUCUAACAAAUUGGAAAGAAAGGUUUAUGUUCGGGAACAAGCAGAACCAUUUGUUUCAAUGGCAGAAAUGAUGAAAAGGUUUCAAUCAAGUACAAGAGACUUGUCACUCGCGCACGCUAAUAGCUCUGUUUCAUUUGGGAAGCCUAAGCUCACAUUAACAAGGCCCAAGGAACCUGAGUUUGAAACAGCUCAGAGAGUGCGAUCAGUUAGAAUAAAGAGCACCGCUGAGCUAGAGGAAGAGAUGAUAGCUAAAAUUCCAAAGUUCAAAGCAAGACAAUUGAACAAAAAGAUUCUGGAAGCUCCCACACUUCCUGCAUUACAAAGAAGUACACCAAAGCCGCCAGAAUUUCAAGAAUUUCAUCUUGCGACAAUGGCAAGAGCGAGUCAGAAUGCUGAAACAUCUUCAAUAGCCUCAACCGCAGUGUCCCGUCAUAACAACCAGUGGAAACCUCAUCUAACAGAACCUCAAACCCCUUUACUUCAAACAUCAUCGAGGGCCCGUCCUCCAAAAGUCAAAAGUUCUAUCGAACUUGAGCAAGAAGAACUCGAAAAGGCCCCUAAAUUUAAGGCAAGGCCUUUGAAUAAAAAGAUAUUUGAAAGCAAAGGGGAACUGGGGAUCUCCUGUCAUGAAAAGAAACAGGUAACCAUACCCCAAGAAUUCCAUUUUGCAACAAAUGAGAGGAUACCACCACCAGCAGCUGUUGUUGAUUUAUUUGAUAAGCUUUCCCUGAAAUCAGAACGUCGCCAUGAUCCGAUUACAAAAAGCACAAUUCCAAAUCCAUUCCAUCUCCAUACAGAGGAAAGAGGAACUGAAAAGGAAAGAAGAUUUGUGAUGGAACUUAUGCAGAAGCAGCUGGAAGAAGAAAAAGCCAGAGUCCCCAAAGCUAAUCCAUAUCCUUAUACAACUGAUUUCCCUGUGAUUCCUCCAAAACCAGAGCCUAAGCCAUGCACAAGACCAGAACCUUUCCAGUUGGAGAGUCUGGUUAGGCACGAGGAAGAAAUGCAGAGGGAGAUGGAAGAGAGAUGGAGGAAGGAAAAAGAAGAAGCUCAAAUGAGGUUGUUCAAAGCACAGCUAAUUCUGAAAAAGGAUCCAAUUCCUGUUCCAGACAAGGUGCGCAAACCUCUGACUCAAGUACAGGAAGUAAAACUCCAUGUAGAUCACCGUGCUGUGGAUAGAGCAGAAUUUGAUCAAAGGAUAAAGGAGAAAGAGAUGAUGUAUAAGAGAUAUAGAGAAGAGAGUGAGGCUGCUAGGAUGAUAGAGGAAGAGAAGGCAUUGAAGCAAUUGAGAAGGACAAUGGUUCCUCAUGCAAGACCUGUCCCAAAAUUUGAAAAUCCUUUCUGCCCACAGAAGUCUGCCAAGGAAACUACAAGGCUAAAAUCACCAAAUCUACGUGUUCUUCGAAGAAAAGAACAAAGAAAAAUGGUGGGUUCACUCACUGCAACUUCCAGCCCUGCUACUCUUAUGAGAUGAUUUGGGUUUCAGAUUUACGAACAUGGUUAGGAUGGGCCAUUCAAGAAUAUAAGGGUUGUGUUUUAUUUAUAACAUUUUAUUCUUUGAAGGAGUUUAAGCACUCCACUUUGUUUCAGAAUUCAGAACAAUAAACCAUUCUGACAAUACUUGUGCUCUAAUUUCGAUUCAUCAGACUCAAUCAUGUAAAGUUCUUAGAAUGAAAAAUGAAGAUGACU